AUGGAAGAUAUGGAAAUAGACGGAACUGAAGCUCAACCUUAUGUACUUAUAGAAACCGGAAACUUGCCUAUAACUGUUGGAAAUAGGCCUAUAUACACAAAUGGUCGCUAUAUUUCUAAGCCAGCACCGAUUCCCUUAAAGUCGACCAAAACAGGCGUAGUAUAUGAUAGAAGAAUGAGAUACCAUGCUAAUAUUCACGAGGACGAGCAUCACCCAGAAGACCCUAGCAGGAUUAGUUCGAUUCAAAACACGUUUAAGGCAGCUGGAUGUCUUGAAAAGAUGGUUCCCAUAAGUGCCCGUGAAGUUACAAGGGACGAAGUCCGUCUUGUGCAUACCGAUGAGCAUUGGGAUUUUGUAGCAAAAACAGCGGUUGCUGAUGAUUAUAAUUCGAUUUAUGUAAAUAAAGAAACAGCAUUAAGUGCGCGACUUUCUUGCGGUGGAGUAAUUGAACUAUGUAAAGCUGUGGCGAAGGGGGACGUGACCAAUGGUAAUGGUACUCAAAAAGCCUUUUAUAACGAUCCUAAUGUGGUAUAUUGCUCGAUACAUCGCUAUGACAAUGCGAAUUUCUAUCCUGGAGAUCCACAAGCAGGUCAUACAUAUGUCGGAGGCGGACAAGCCAAAGGAAAGUAA